AUAAGCGGGCGGGGUAAACAGCUGCUAGAUUUAAAACGCUGUUGUUGUGGUGGUGCGAGCCGUCAGGUCUGUGUCUGAGUGUAAUAGGCGACACUGUGAUGUAGAGGAGCAGUUACCUUCUCCACAGCAGCUUCAAGUCCCACAGUCAAGAGGCAGGAUGGAGGAAGCCAGGCUGGAGCCAAUCAUUAAGCGUAUCCGUCAGCUGCGCUCCCUUGUGUGUAGUGCGGGGCUAGAGGCAGGGCAGCAUGGGGUUCUGGCGGGGCAGGAGGGGUUGCUGGACGCCCUGCUGGUGCUGUACGAGGAGUGUAACAAGGACUACCUGAAGAAGGAAGAGGCUGUGACAUCCUUCGUUAAUAAGUACCGCAACACCAUUCAUGAGGUGCGGAACCUGAGGGUGAACCUGAAUGACUUUGAGCAGAAGAAGGUAAUUGGCAAGGGCAAGUUUGGCGUGGUGCAGGUGGUGCGGGAGAAGGCCACGGGGAAUGUGUAUGCCCUCAAGAUACUCCGCAAGUCUGACACGCUGUCCCAGAAACACGUGACGUUUUACGAAGAGGAACGAGACAUUUUGGCUAAAGCAACCUCUGCCUGGAUGACACACCUGCAUUAUGCAUUCCAGGAUGCCCAGCAGCUGUACUUGGUGAUGGAUUUCCACCCGGGAGGCGACCUGCUAUCCUUGCUGGACCGCUACGACGGCAGCUUCUCCGAGGACAUGGCCUGCUUCUACCUGGCUGAGGUGACCCUGGCUGUUCAUGACCUGCACUCCAUGGGAUAUGUUCACAGGGACAUCAAGCCAGAGAACAUCCUCAUUGACCGCUGUGGACACUUGAAGCUGGCAGACUUUGGCUCGGCGGCACGGCUCACCUCCAGUGGUGUGGUGCGGAGCAAGAUGCCUGUGGGAACGCCAGACUACAUUGCUCCUGAAGUCCUGCAGUCCCUGGAUGGGGAGAUCAAUGUGUCCUAUGGGACUGAGUGUGAUAUGUGGUCACUUGGUAUUGUCAUGUAUGAAAUGUUAUAUGGCAACACACCUUUCAAAGCAGACCAGGUUGUUGCCACCUACAGUAACAUCAUGAACCACCAUGAGACACUGAAAUUUGAUGACAAGGAGAAGGUCGUUAGUGAGACAGCCAAGCAGUUGAUGCGAGGGUUGCUGGAGGAAGCUUCUCACCGCCUCACUCACUCUGGUCUCCUGCAACACAAAUUCUUCCUCCACAUCAACUGGAAUGAUCUCAGGAACACUGCACCUCCCUUUGUUCCCAUCGUAAAUGGUCUUGAUGACACCAGCAAUUUUGAGGAGUUUGAGAAUGAACGGCGGAUGCCUUCCAUGGAUGCCUUCCGUGUGCCUCAGACCUUCACUGGCAAGAACCUGCCUUUUGUGGGCUUCACUUACAGCAGACAGAAUCCUGACACUGAAAAAACAAUUCACACAAGUAGCACAACAGCCAUCAACAUUUCCAUACUGGAUGAAUCAUUGAGAGAACCUUCUCAGCUGGAGGCACAACUCAAGAUGCAGAAGAAGGAAAACCAUCAACUGAAGCUGCAGCUUCAGGCGAUGAAGGAUGGAGAAGGUGAACGUCACCUGAAAUUGAAGGAUUACAAAUUGAAGGAGGCUGAGAUGCGGCUAGAAUAUUUGGAGAAAGAGCGGCAGCGUCUUGAGGAAGAAAACACCAAGAAGGAGAGAGAAGCUGCUAACUACAAGAAGGACUUGGCCAAUGAGCGAGCAGACCGCACCAAGACAGAGAGGGAGGUGAUUGAUCUCAUCAAGGACAUGAAGAAGAAGUGGAAGGCUGAUGCUGCAAAGAAGACAGAGGAAUACAAUGUUAAAAUCAAUGCUUACGAGGGGGAAGUAGCUUACCUGAAGGCUCAGCACCAGGAGGUUGGCAAUGCCUUGCUGGAGAGGGAGAAGGAGUUUCAGGCAGUUGUGCUAAAGAAUAAGGAACUGAAGAAGACUAUUGCAAAUAUGGAGAAAACCAGACUGAGCCAGAGGAAAGUAGAGCAGUGCAGUGGGGGGUGUGAUGCAGCCAAGGCACUGCAACUAGAACUGACAGAAAUUUCAUCAAGGCUUGAUGAGCAAAAAUCUAUAAAUGAUGAGGCAGAGAGCAGACUUCUGGAGGCUAUAAAUGAAACCAGAAACCUGGAGAGAACACUUCUGGACAGAACCAGGGAGGAGGAUGAGAAGAGAGAGCUACAGAGACACAUUGAUCACUUGACAAUCAAAGCAGCACAUUUGGAGGAAGAGUUAGAAGCCUCUACAAAGAAAUUCCAGAACUUAAAGGAACAGGAACAUCAAGAGAAGAAAAAACAAAUCGAUUACCUCAAGAAUCAAGUAGACCGAGAGAAAGAGGAAUGUUCACGUCUGCGUCAGCAAUUGCAGAACGUGUCGUGUCAACUGAAUGAGUCGAUAGCAAGCCUUUCAAGCCUGGGCUCCACCCGCAGCUUGAAGGAAGAGGAACAGGAGGCCAAGAUAAAGGAACUUGAACAAGAACUGAAGGUUGUCACUGGUGACAAAGUGAACCUCCAGUCUCAGCUUAUGGUUGUCAAGGCCAAAGAAGGAGAACACAAGGCUAAGAUAUCAGAGUUGGAGCUUCUCCUUGCCAAACUGGAUGAGACUGUCAAUCAGCUGGAGGGUAAGAAGCAUUCCACUGAGGCCUGUGAGGACAUGUACAAAGCAAGGUUAGAGUGUUUGGAGACCCAGCUGGAUGGUGCCCGUUCAGCUCUUGCCCAGGAGAAAGAAAAGGUGAAGAAAUUAACAGAGGAUCUGAAACAGUUUAAGCAGGAGCUCUCAGAUUGCAAGCUUGAUCUGCGAGUUGCUGAACGCGAGGCAAAAUCAACUCAAGAUACAAUAGCUUUCCUGCGGGAGAAGAGCAGAGAGCAGAGAUCCCAGCUUGCAGAGAAGGAGGCUGCCAUAAAGAAGGCUUCUGAAGUGGAAGUUGAUUACCAGAAAGUCAUUGACAAAUUAGAGGGUGAAAUCAAAUCCCGAGAGGCAGAUAUUGAGAAGCAGAAGCUGGAGCAUCAGCAUGCAUGUUCCAAGCUUGAGGAAAAGAUCAAGAGUCUGCAGGAAGUGAAGAAGAGUGGGGAACAGCACCAACGUAAGCUCCAGGAGGUACACCAGCAGAUGGAUAGUCUGAAGCUCGAGAAGCGUGGUCUGGAGUCUCAGAUUAAGAUGGAUGAGGCAGCCAAGGGUAGGGUGGAGCAGGAAAAGUCUUCCCUUAAACAAGAAAUUGCUGAACUCCAGAAAAAACUUCAGCAGUCUGAACUGACCAUCUCCCAACUGAAGCAGGUCUGCACUGACCAAGAUGAGGAACUUUCUCAGAUGGAAGCUCAGGCUGAUGUUAUCAAGCAACUCUCACAGGAAGAAGCUCGACUGAACCAGGAGCUUGAGAAGCUUCAAGGUGAUAUCCGAGCUGCAAGGGCAUCUGCUAAUGAAGAAAAGUCUCUCAAGCUCUUCCAGGAAAAGAAAGUGAAGGAACUUGAAAAACAGUUAAGAGAAGCUGAUGCUGAGACUGAUCAGCAGAUUGUGCAGAUCAACGAACAGCUGAAGGAAGUAGAAGAGGGCAAGGAGGCGUUGCGACAGCAGAAUGAUGCAGUGGACCAAGAACUGAAUGAAGCAAUGACACUCCUCAAGAACCUGGAGCGCAAGCUGAUCGAGGUGAAGAGCCAGCGUGACCUUGCCCAGCAGGAGUGUGCCGGCCACAUUGAACACAUCCACACCCUUAAGGAGUCUAACUUUAAGCUUACUGAAGGGCUGGAGGAGGCCAUAUCCAAGGCUGAGCUGUACAAGGCCAGGAUUGAGGAGGUAGAAGGGACUCUGGCAGACCAGCGAGCACUGCAAGAAGACACCAGAGUAAAGAUGCAGUGCACUAUUAACCAGCAGACCAAGCUGAUAGACUUCCUGCAGUCAAAGAUGGACAACAAGAAAAAGAAGAAUCUGAAGGACAAGUUGUUUGGGAAGGAGAAUAAGGAGAAUGUUGGUUUUUCAAUGCCUCAUCAGUAUCGUGAGCUGGAAGACAUGCUUGCCCAGGAGCGCUCCACCAAGAAACGCCUGGAGGAGGAGCUGGCCAAGGCUCGGGCAGCCCUCAAAGGUAACUCAAUGGACAGCAGAGACACCCCAAGAGCUUCCCGCACGCCAUUAUUGCCCCGCACCCCAAUGCCUCCUCCCUCCCCUCGAUUACCCCAAACACCCCAGAACAAGAGGCCGGCACCGAUAGGGGGAGAGAAGACCCCCACCCCACACCACAGCAGCUCAAGGCAGCGCAUGAGGCACAGCAUCCCUCACAGGUGGCUGACAGGGCUGCAGAUGCAUGGGGGACGGUGUGCUGGGUGCCUUGGCAGCAUCCCCUUUGCUCGCAGUGCUGCCAAGUGUCAGGAGUGUGGCAAAACAGCACACAUCAAAUGCUCCCAAAAACUGCCCCCCACCUGUGGACUCCCUGUGCAGUUUGCUCAACAUCUUUCAAAAGACAGGACUCCAAAUUCCCCUGAGAAAGGACCAAGUUCCUCCAAUAAUCCUCACUGUGUAAUGGAGGGGUGGCUCAAGAUGCCAAGAUCAGAAAAGUCAUGCUGGGACAGUUGCUACAUUUCUCUGGAGAAGGAUGCUGUGUUGGUGUAUGAUAGUGAGCCAUCCAGCACCACACAGCCUCGGGCUAGAGUCUCCCUCAACCGGGUCGGUUGCUCCACCACUGUUAUGUCCACCGUGCCCCGCUCAGAGCUACCCACCACCAGCAGUGUGGACCUCCCAUACAUCCUGAAGGUUGAGAUCCGUGCCAAGACUGCUGGGGGGUCCUCAGACAUGCUGUACCUCAUGACCACCAACUUUGAAGAGAAGCAGAACUGGGUGACUGCACUGGAGAGUGUGGUGGCUCAGCUUUCCAAGGGAGAAGGCAGUGGUGGUGCUGAUGAAGAGUACAUCCAGGCUGACUGUCUGCUGACCCUAGACCAGCCCAGCACUUUGGAUGUCAACACUAUAGUUUUCCUUGGCCAGGCAACAGCUGUGAUUGGUGCUGCAGAGGGUCUCUUCUCCUUUAUUGUGGAUGAUGCUGGGAACCUGAAAUCUCGAUCUAGAAUUGAAGGGCUGACCAAUGUUCACCAAAUUCUAUUGGUACCAUCUGCUGGUGUUGCUCUCUUCAUUGCUGGCAUGGACAAUCUGGUGUACCAGAUCGAUGUGGGUUCACUAACCACAUCAGCUGAGGCCAUGCAGCUCACCAAGCCAUCCAUCAGUCCAGUGCGUGUUGAGCCUCUGCAGGGGUGUCACCUCCUGGCCUCAGGCACCACAAAGGCUAGGCAGACCUUCAUGUGUGCUGCAGCAUCAGACCGUAUUUGCAUACUGGUUUGGAAAGACUUGGAGGAAAGGUUUAGUUUGUGUAACCAGUACAGCACCCAGGAGCCAUGUAGCUGCCUCCACUUCACCCAGGUCUCCCUCAUUGUGGGCGCUGAGAAGUUUUAUGAAAUUGAUCUCAAGACCUUUGAGAUUGAAGAAUUCUUGGAUGAGUCUGAUACAUCUCUUACUUAUGCCAUCUAUGGUUCGGCACAAAUGUCGUCUUUCCCUGUGGCCAUCAUUCAGGUGUCAAAGCCUGGCAAACAUGGAGAGUAUUUGCUGUGCUUCCAUGAGUUUGCAGUGUUUGUUGAUCCGUACGGCCAGCGCUCCAGAGAACAUGACAUCAGGUUCACAAGACUCCCUAUUGCUAUUGAAUACCGCAGUCCCUUCUUAUACAUCAUACACCAGAACGCCAUAGAAGUUGUUGAGAUCUGCGCAGACAGCUUUACUAAGUCUUCUCCUGACAGUGACUCUGAUAGUGAUGCCAGUCCUCCAGUAAGAAUGGCUUCCAGAAACAUGCCGAGACCUCUCUUCAUAGGCUCAGCCACAACACCAGAGGGCAUCAUGGUGACAUGCAAGGCCUCAGACAAGCUGGAGGUGACCCAAGUGCAGGCCAGCUUCCCAGAGGACAUGGAACUGAAUUCUACUUGGGGAACUCUGCCAUCAUACUCUCUAAAGUUGGAUGACAAGGACACUGCUUCCAUUGCCAGCAGCAGCAGUAUAGGUAGCCCUGACAUGGAACCCUCCAACAAGAGAGUCCACUUCAAACACAACUCCAGGACUUCCAAUAAAGUGUCCAAGUCAGAAAUGUGAUCUUGUUAGACUUCCAUUACAUACAUAAUUUUCUUGCCUUUCUGUAGUCUUAUCCUAAAUCCAUAAGUUUGUAUAUUGGAAUGAGGCAAACAGAUCUGUAAUCAUUAUUAUUAGUAUGUUUGGUGUUUGUUUCUCUGUGUGACACUAUGUAGGGCUUUAUGGCUAAAAUGAUACCAAAGUUGUUGUUUUUUUAUGCAGGGGAAAUUGGCUGAGGGCAAUAAAGAAUGGGGGGAAAAAAAGGCCCACUGGGUUGCCAGUUCCCCGUAAAGUUCAUAAGAGUUAUCCAUAAUAUAGGGACAAAUGUAUGGCACUCAGUAUUGUAUGAAAUUAUGGGAAGGUUUAGGUUUAUGGAAAAUAUGAGAGAAAAGACAUAAGUUAAAAGUGAAGGACCAGUGUAAGCCAGAAACACUUGCAUAGAGUGACACAGGACAUUCUACUUUGGGCAUUAUUUACAUUAUGGAUCCAUCACCUUGUUCUUGUUCUUGUUUGUGGUGUCAGCAGAUCAAAUCCUUAGCAUGUACAAAUGUUUCUUGUUUGUCAGGUCUUGUUUCAGAUAGUUUUUGUUUCAUUCAUCAAACAUUUACAUGAUUUAUUCCAUUUAUGCAGUAGUGAUCUGGAUACACACACUCAGUCACUUAUCUCUCUCUCUCUCUCUCUCUCUCUGGGAUAGGUUUGAUUAUAUUGUGGAAAAUCACACAUUUGCAUAUAGUACAUUUAUUUUUGGAUGAUUUCAUUAGUGAUGCAGUUUUUUUUUUUUUUUUUUUAUGUAAGAGGGAAAGACUGGCCAAGGGCAAAACAAAUAAUUAAUAAAAAUGGUCCACUCAGUUGCCAGUUCCCUUAUAGUGCUGAAAGUGUGUGUGUGUUGUACAGGUGAAUUCGUGUAUUUUUAUGUAAGAUUUCUUACUGUAUAUAUAACUAAUUUUAUAAUAUUACGCACGUCAUAUAUUCAUUAUUGUGUAAAGUCUUUAAUUAAGUAAUAUAUCAAUAUAAUACUGCA